ACUCACCCGUGGUCUGUCUUUCCCUUCUUUCUCUCAUGCCAUGCAGGUUUUCGCCGCAGUGACCGAGAUGACUACUUGAAAGAGCUGUACGAGACGGCGAACAAGUAUCACCUCUUCCACAGCCUGGCUCUCUUAGCUGUGCCCCACUGCCGCUACCCCAUGAUGGCUGGGAGCAUCCUUUUGACAGGUAUGGGGUUGUUUUGUGGCCCCUUGUACUACAACGCCAUCUCCGGAGACCCCACGUUCAACAAGGCGGCACCCUUUGGGGGAAGCCUCCUCAUCCUUGGCUGGCUCGCUCUCGUUCCCUGAAGGAGACUUCCCCGUUCGGUCGCUUCCUGCUUUUUUUCUUCCCUUAAACCCAGCCUGAUGACGGCCUUCCUGGUCUUUCUGUGCUACUUUUGGUACGUUUCCAGGAGCGAAGCAUGUUAUAACAGUGGAAGACAAAGAGGAACGCUUCUUCCACGCGUGGUCAAGCGUGUGUUGAUUGAGCCUGGGGUCAUUCAUUAAGGAUGGCCUUUCCUCUUUUGCCCAGAAAUCCUCCUGCACAGUUCAUGAAAUGUUACCCCCCCCCUUUUUUUAAAAAAGCAAGAAAACAACACUAAAUGGCAGUGACAAUUAGAAUAAAGUUACGAUGGGAAGAGGGAUGACGGGAUCAUGUCAAGCAAACUGUAGGAGCCUUGAUGGAAUUUACCUCUGUGGUGUUCCUCUUUUUAAAACAAAAUCAGUGACUUUGUACAAAUUUAAUAAAAGAAUGGGAUUUUA